AAAAUGGUGCGAGAGACCGGCUACUACGAUAUUCUUGGAGUAAAUCCGAAAUCCUCUGCGGAUGAAAUCAAGAAAGCAUAUCGAAAACUGGCCCUGAAAUACCACCCUGAUAAAAAUCCCAACGAAGGCGAAAAAUUCAAACUCAUUUCACAAGCCUAUGAAGUCUUGUCAGAUCCUAAAAAGCGAGACUUGUAUGACCAAGGAGGUGAACAGGCCAUCAAAGAAGGGGGCAUGGGUGGAGGAGAUUUCUCCUCUCCUAUGGACAUCUUCAACAUGUUCUUUGGUGGUGGAGGAAGGACACAGAGAGAAAGGAAAGGGAAAAAUGUGGUCCACCAACUUAGUGUCACACUUGAAGAAAUGUACAGUGGUUCAACCAGGAAACUUGGUCUCCAGAAGAAUGUGAUUUGUGAGAAAUGUGACGGUUAUGGAGGAAAGAAGGGGGCUCUUGAGAAAUGCUCAAAUUGCAAAGGCAGAGGAGUUCAAAUCCAGGUGCAGCAAAUUGGACCAGGAAUGAUUCAGCAGAUUCAGAGCAUGUGCUCUGAAUGCCAGGGACAAGGCGAGAGGUUCAGUACCAAGGACCGAUGUAAGAACUGCAAUGGGCGCAAAGUGGAGCGCAAAAAGAAGAUUCUUGAGGUCCACAUUGACAAAGGUAUGAAAGAUGGCCAAAAGAUUACAUUCCACGGAGAGGGUGAUCAGGAACCAGGCCUGGAACCUGGUGAUGUCAUCAUUGUCCUGGACCAAAAGGACCACCCUGUAUAUCAGAGGCAGGAAAACAACCUAAUUAUGAAGAUGCAGAUAAAGCUAGUUGAGGCCCUCUGUGGGUUCAAGAAAACAAUAAACACACUAGACAACCGAACCCUAAUCAUCAACUCACCUCCAGGGCGAGUAAUAAAACACAGUGACUUAAAGUGUAUUCAGAAUGAGGGCAUGCCUGUGUACAGAGAUCCAUGUGACAAAGGACUGCUCAUCAUUCAGUUUGAGGUCGAGUUCCCUGAGAAUUACUGGCUUCCAGAGAACAUGUUUUCCCAUCUGGAACGACUGCUUCCCAAGCGAGAUGAGGUCAUGCUGACUGAUGAUAUGGAAGAGGUGGAACUCUGUGAGGUGGACCAUGAAUCCCAGAGGAAGAAGUACAGUGGAGAAGCAUAUGAAGAAGAUGAGGGUCCAAGAAGCCAUGGAGUACAGUGCCAGACUCAGUGAAACUCCUAUUCAGUGCAUCUAUUAAUGCAGCUCCUUUUCUGUGUAAAUUUGAUAACAGAAUUGUUAAAUUUGUGAGUGCACCCCCAAUUUGACUUUUCACUGGGUAGUCUGUGAUCAAGGCAUAAUUUGCUGGGAUCAAAACUCUGGCUCUCAAAGUGCUUUAGCAACCCAGAGAUUUCCCUUCUAUUGAAACCUGUUGAAGUGUAAAGGGCAGGUACUGACCUGGUAAAACACCUCAGAGGAUUACUACUGAUGUGUGUUCACGCAGGCCAACAUGGUGGAAAACUACUUUAUAAUAAGUAUGUUGCUUUAUUUGCCUAGUAAGUCUUUUUCUUUGAUUGUACUACUUAAAGUUCUGCAUGUACCUUUUGAAUAUGUGGGUGGGGGUGUCCAUUCUGUUCACUUUUAUGAGCCCUCUUAUUUGUAACUAAUUUGUUUUUCACAUCUCUCCCACAUGGAAAAAGCUCAAUACCGAAGAAGGGUAGCUGUAUGCUUUCUAUGAAGGUAACACCCCUCACAAUUCACCUGUACCAAUGAAAAACAUGUUUUCUCAAAUAAAACAUUUAAUUCUG